AGGUGAAGCGGCGGAGGAGGAAGGCGUUCCGGCCGGUUCUCCUGAGGGAGGCGAGCGAGCGAGCGGACGAGUGAGGUGUCCUUCCGCCGAGCGAGAGAGAGAGAGGCGGCUGUUUCCGGAUCGCUCGCCGGGGCCGCUUCCCUUCCGCGCCUCCCGCUCGCUCCGACCGUUCGCUUCGCCUUCCCCGCCAUUAAGGGCCGCCUUCCCUUUUUCUCUUCUUUUUUUCCUGAGGCGAGACCAGAGCUCCCUCACCCCCGGCGCCGGGCUGGAGCCCCCCAACCCCAACAACGCGUCGGCCGCCAUGGCUCAGAUCCUGCCCAUCCGCUUCCAGGAGCAUCUCCAGCUCCAGAACCUGGGGAUUAAUCCGGCCAACAUAGGCUUCAGCACUCUGACCAUGGAGUCUGACAAAUUCAUCUGCAUACGGGAGAAAGUGGGAGAGCAAGCCCAGGUGGUCAUCAUCGACAUGAACGAUCCCAGCAACCCCAUUCGCCGACCCAUUUCGGCCGAUAGUGCGAUCAUGAACCCUGCCAGCAAGGUCAUUGCCCUAAAAGCCGGAAAAACCCUUCAGAUCUUUAACAUUGAAAUGAAGAGCAAAAUGAAGGCUCAUACCAUGACGGAUGACGUCACCUUUUGGAAGUGGAUCUCCCUAAACACGGUGGCCCUCGUGACGGACAACGCCGUCUACCACUGGAGCAUGGAAGGAGAGAGUCAGCCCGUCAAAAUGUUUGACCGCCAUUCGAGUCUUGCAGGCUGCCAGAUCAUCAACUACCGUACAGAUGCCAAGCAGAAGUGGCUGCUUUUGACUGGUAUCUCAGCACAGCAAAACCGCGUGGUAGGAGCCAUGCAGCUUUAUUCGGUAGACAGGAAGGUGUCCCAGCCCAUCGAAGGCCACGCGGCGAGCUUUGCCCAGUUCAAGAUGGAAGGCAACGCGGAAGAAUCCACUCUGUUCUGCUUUGCGGUGAGAGGACAAGCUGGAGGCAAGUUGCAUAUCAUUGAAGUUGGCACACCCCCUACUGGCAAUCAGCCCUUUCCCAAGAAAGCUGUGGAUGUUUUCUUCCCGCCUGAAGCCCAGAACGAUUUCCCAGUAGCGAUGCAGAUCAGUGAAAAGCAUGACGUCGUCUUCUUGAUCACGAAAUACGGUUACAUCCAUCUGUAUGACCUGGAAACCGGCACCUGUAUCUACAUGAAUAGAAUCAGCGGGGAGACCAUCUUCGUCACUGCCCCUCAUGAAGCCACAGCUGGGAUCAUCGGAGUCAACCGGAAAGGACAGGUUCUGUCGGUGUGUGUCGAGGAAGAGAACAUCAUUCCGUACAUCACCAACGUGCUGCAGAACCCCGACCUUGCCUUGCGGAUGGCGGUUCGCAACAACCUGGCCGGAGCGGAAGAGCUGUUUGCGCGGAAAUUCAAUGCCCUUUUUGCCCAGGGGAGCUAUUCGGAGGCGGCCAAGGUGGCAGCCAAUGCCCCCAAGGGAAUAUUGCGUACCCCAGACACCAUCCGUCGGUUCCAGAGUGUCCCAGCCCAGCCCGGCCAGACCUCUCCCCUGCUCCAGUAUUUUGGGAUCCUGCUCGAUCAAGGCCAGUUGAACAAGUACGAAUCUUUAGAACUCUGCCGGCCAGUCCUCCAGCAAGGACGGAAGCAGCUCCUGGAGAAGUGGUUAAAGGAAGACAAGUUGGAGUGCUCUGAAGAACUGGGGGACUUGGUGAAAUCUGUGGAUCCCACUCUAGCGCUGAGCGUCUACCUCCGGGCAAACGUCCCCAACAAAGUCAUCCAGUGUUUUGCUGAAACAGGACAAGUUCAGAAGAUCGUGCUUUAUGCAAAGAAGGUGGGCUACACCCCGGACUGGAUCUUCCUGCUGAGGAACGUCAUGCGGAUCAGCCCGGACCAAGGACAGCAGUUUGCCCAAAUGCUGGUGCAGGAUGAGGAGCCUCUGGCAGAUAUCACCCAGAUUGUGGAUGUCUUCAUGGAAUACAACCUGAUUCAGCAAUGCACUGCUUUUCUGUUGGACGCUCUGAAAAACAACCGCCCCUCCGAAGGACCUUUGCAGACCCGCUUGCUCGAAAUGAACCUCAUGCAUGCUCCUCAGGUUGCCGAUGCCAUCUUGGGGAACCAGAUGUUUACCCACUAUGACCGAGCCCACAUUGCCCAGCUGUGCGAGAAGGCCGGCCUCCUCCAAAGAGCCCUGGAGCACUUCACUGAUUUAUAUGACAUCAAGCGAGCCGUCGUCCACACCCACCUUCUCAACCCCGAGUGGCUGGUGAACUAUUUCGGUUCCCUCUCCGUUGAAGACUCCCUGGAAUGCCUGCGGGCCAUGCUUUCUGCCAACAUCCGCCAGAACCUGCAGAUCUGCGUCCAGGUGGCUUCCAAGUACCACGAGCAGCUUUCGACCCAGUCGCUCAUUGAACUUUUCGAAUCGUUCAAGAGUUUUGAAGGUCUCUUCUAUUUCCUGGGCUCCAUUGUCAACUUCAGCCAGGACCCCGACGUGCACUUCAAAUAUAUCCAGGCGGCCUGUAAAACAGGCCAGAUUAAAGAGGUGGAGAGGAUUUGCAGAGAAAGUAACUGCUAUGAUCCGGAGCGGGUGAAGAACUUCCUCAAGGAGGCAAAACUGACCGAUCAGCUUCCCCUGAUUAUCGUGUGUGACCGCUUUGACUUUGUCCAUGACCUGGUGCUCUACCUGUACAGGAACAACCUACAGAAAUACAUUGAGAUCUACGUGCAGAAGGUGAACCCCAGCCGUCUACCUGUGGUGAUUGGGGGCUUGCUGGAUGUUGACUGCUCUGAGGAUGUCAUCAAGAACCUGAUCCUGGUUGUGAGAGGGCAGUUCUCCACCGACGAGUUGGUUGCUGAGGUUGAAAAGAGAAACAGGUUAAAACUCCUCCUGCCAUGGCUGGAAGCCCGAAUCCACGAGGGUUGCGAGGAGCCAGCCACCCACAAUGCCCUGGCGAAGAUCUACAUCGACAGCAACAACAACCCGGAGCGGUUUCUGCGCGAGAACCCUUACUACGACAGCCGCGUGGUGGGGAAGUACUGCGAGAAGCGGGACCCGCACCUGGCCUGCGUGGCGUACGAACGCGGGCAGUGCGACCAGGAACUUAUCAAUGUAUGCAAUGAGAAUUCCCUCUUCAAAAGUCUUUCCCGUUACUUAGUGCGUCGCAAGGAUCCUGAACUCUGGGCCAGCGUCCUCCUGGAGAGCAACCCUUACCGAAGGCCCCUGAUUGACCAGGUGGUGCAGACGGCGCUUUCGGAGACUCAGGACCCCGAGGAAGUGUCAGUGACCGUCAAGGCUUUCAUGACCGCCGACCUUCCUAACGAACUCAUUGAACUGCUGGAGAAGAUUGUUCUCGAUAAUUCCGUCUUCAGUGAACAUAGGAACCUGCAGAACCUCCUCAUCCUGACGGCCAUCAAGGCCGACCGCACCCGCGUCAUGGAAUACAUCAACCGCUUGGACAACUAUGACGCUCCGGAUAUUGCCAACAUCGCCAUCAGCAACGAGCUCUUUGAGGAGGCCUUUGCCAUCUUCCGGAAGUUUGAUGUGAACACAUCGGCCGUGCAGGUUUUGAUUGAACACAUCGGCAACUUGGACCGGGCCUAUGAGUUCGCCGAGCGCUGCAACGAGCCGGCCGUGUGGAGCCAGCUUGCCAAAGCCCAGCUCCAGAAGGGGAUGGUGAAGGAGGCCAUCGAUUCUUACAUCAAAGCCGACGACCCAUCAUCAUACAUGGAAGUCGUCCAGGCUGCCAACGCCAGCGGAAACUGGGAAGAGCUGGUCAAAUACUUGCAGAUGGCGCGCAGGAAAGCCCGGGAAUCCUACGUGGAGACGGAACUCAUUUUUGCUCUCGCGAAAACCAACCGUUUGGCCGAGCUGGAAGAAUUCAUCAAUGGGCCAAACAAUGCCCAUAUUCAGCAAGUUGGGGACCGUUGCUACGACGAAAAGAUGUACGAUGCCGCCAAGCUUCUCUACAACAACGUGUCCAACUUUGGUCGCCUGGCAUCCACUUUGGUGCACCUUGGCGAGUACCAAGCAGCUGUGGACGGAGCCCGGAAAGCCAACAGCACCCGGACUUGGAAGGAGGUGUGUUUUGCCUGCGUCGACGGAAAAGAGUUCCGGCUGGCCCAGAUGUGCGGCCUUCACAUUGUCGUCCACGCCGACGAACUGGAGGAGCUCAUCAACUAUUAUCAGGACCGGGGCUACUUUGAGGAGUUGAUCACCAUGUUGGAAGCUGCUCUAGGGCUGGAGCGAGCCCACAUGGGGAUGUUCACCGAGCUGGCCAUCCUCUACUCCAAGUUCAAGCCGCAGAAGAUGAGGGAGCACCUGGAACUGUUCUGGUCGCGGGUCAACAUUCCUAAGGUGUUGAGGGCCGCAGAACAGGCCCACCUUUGGGGGGAGUUGGUCUUCCUGUACGACAAAUACGAGGAAUAUGAUAAUGCCAUCAUCACGAUGAUGAACCACCCGACGGAUGCCUGGAAGGAAGGGCAGUUCAAAGAUAUCAUCACCAAGGUGGCCAACGUAGAGCUGUACUACCGAGCGAUCCAGUUCUACUUGGAAUUUAAACCAUUGCUGCUCAAUGACCUGUUAAUGGUGCUGUCUCCUCGGCUGGACCACACUCGCGCAGUCAAUUUCUUCAGCAAGGUCAAGCAGCUGCCCUUGGUGAAGCCCUACCUGCGCUCCGUUCAGAACCACAACAACAAAGCUGUGAAUGAAGCUCUCAACAACCUCUUCAUUACGGAAGAAGACUACCAGGCUCUUCGGACAUCGAUAGACGCCUAUGACAACUUUGACAACAUCUCCCUCGCCCAGCGCCUGGAAAAACACGAGCUGAUUGAGUUCCGGAGAAUCGCGGCCUAUCUCUUCAAAGGCAAUAACCGCUGGAAGCAGAGCGUGGAGCUCUGCAAGAAAGACCGACUCUAUAAGGACGCCAUGCAGUACGCGUCCGAGUCCAAAGAUACGGAGCUUGCCGAGGAGCUGCUCCAGUGGUUCCUCCAGGAGGGCAAGCAGGAGUGUUUCGGGGCCUGCCUCUUCACCUGCUACGACCUCCUUCGGCCGGACGUGGUGCUGGAGACGGCCUGGCGGCACAACAUCAUGGACUUCGCCAUGCCCUACUUCAUUCAGGUCAUGAAGGAGUACUUGACCAAGGUGGACAAGCUGGACGCCUCUGAAUCCCUGAGGAAAGAGGAGGAGCAGGCGACGGAGACACAACCCAUCGUUUAUGGUCAGCCCCAGCUCAUGUUGACGGCGGGCCCCAGCGUGGCUGUCCCCCCGCAAGCACCUUUCGGCUAUGGCUACACCGCACCGCCCUACGGGCAACCUCAGCCCGGUUUCGGGUACACCAUGUAAGGAAGCGAUUCUGGAAGCUGGCGUGGUUUUUAUUUUCAGUCUCCACCGUCCUGCCCUCAACUACCCAGCAAGCGAAGAAGAAGAAGAGGAAAAAAAAGAGCCUCCGGGCCUUGCAACCUUUACUUUAUGAAGGACUGUGUUUGUUUUUUGUUUUGGUUUGUCUCCUUUCCCUUCCCUGCCGGCUCUUUGGCUCCCACUUCCGCCUAAUCCUUUUCUCACAUUCCAUCUCGCGUAGAACUUUUUUCUCUUCCCCCCUCCCGCCCUCCAGAUGGGAAUGGUUUUAAAUGUUUAAGUCAGCUUCCUCUCUUUUUUUCGGCAGGACUGCUUCUUGACAUUAACCCCGGUCUCUUGUGAGUUUUCCGAUUUUUUCACUCUGUCCUGUUUAAACUCUCUCUUAAGUUCCUCGUAUGUGAGCAGCUUACAGAUACGUACCGUCUUUAUCUAAAACCACGUUUUAAAACAGUCUCCUUGUAUCUUUCAAAGGCGGGGGGAGGCAGAGGCGGAAAAGUUCAACCUCACAGAGAAGGAUUUCUAUUUGGGGUAAAAACACUAACUGGCAUAUCUUACCCCUCCCAGUUGGAUUGCUUUGUUCUUUGAAAAAAAAAAGACACACCAAACUAUCUUUCAAAGUUGCGUACAGAGAACCUUUCCUGAAUUUUACAAAGAAUCCACCUAGUAGAGCUCCCCCCCCCUCGUAUUAACCUCUGGAGGUUUCCAGCUAGUUGUAGACAAAAAUAAAAAUGCAAGUGUUUGCUCACUCCAUAUGUAAUAAACAGAUGAUCCCUUUUGUUGUGCUACUUGUACCCUGUGCUUUCUUGUGGGGACCAGUUUUACUUUACAUUGAAAAACAAGCGGGAACACCAUAAAUCCAAUUUUGCGUGUGUUUGACUUAACCCUGCCCUGAGGUUUUGUGUAUGUUGGGUAUUGUGGUAUUCAAGCUGACUCCCUUCCUCCCCCCCCCCCCGAUUUGUACAGAAAAGAGAGAAUAGAGAUUCAGAGGAGGAGGGGAAGGGACAGACUAUCCCAGUCACUGUUCAGUUUUGUUUGUGCAAUUGAAAAUGACGCUGAAUUGGGGGGGGAGAAUAUAAAUAAAUUACUGGACUGUGGACAUACUCUAUAGUGGUUUUUCAGUAUGUAUCUCUCUUCGAAACCCUUUACGAUGUAUGCACUUCGCCUCAAAACCACAAGAAAAGGGAGGAGGAAAGGUGGGCUAGUCUUUUUUUGGGUCAGCGGGAGGGACCAGCAACUUAGCAGAAAACCAAAAUUGUUACGACAGAGACUAUAUUGGCAGGGCGCUUGCACUGAAGAUGACUUGAGAUGUGUGUGAUAAAAAUGCUUGGAAUUAUAGACUGCACGGGGGGGGGGAGGUGGAGAGCACUUUUUGUCAGCUGGCUACAAGCCAGCCUCUUCUACCCAGGUGAAAAAAAAAACCAGAAACCUCUUUAGGGUUGUAGUUUUGAGUGUUUCCAGUUUUAAAUCUGACAAAAAGAUCAUGUUAUAGGUAUGUUAAGUUGCCUUAAUAUAUUUAGCUUCGAAAAAAUAAAAAAUGACUUCAAUGUUCA